AUGGGCCUUUUCGACAGCAGAAUCGUAGUCCUAGGACUGCGCGUCGCGCAAGCCGGCUUAGCUCUCAUCGUCCUCGGACUCACAGCUUAUGGUACGCUCCCAUCACGCCCGAAAUGCAACCAGUGUACUGACCUCUGCAGUCGUCCACUGGUGGUCCGGCUAUUGGCAUGCCGCCUCGCCUUCGCAAAUCAGCUUCCUCGUCUUCUGCUCCGUCUGGUCAUUGCUCGCCCUCAUCUACCUCAUCAUUGUCCCAUGGCGCUUCUCCGAAACCGUCGCGCACCACAAGUUCGCGAUCUUAGGCGCCGAAACCGUCACGAUGAUCUUCUGGUUCGCCGGCUUCGUUGCGCUCGCGGUGUUCUUGAGCGAUCGCGUUUGCUUCGGACAUGUCUGCUCGGCAGCCAAGGCGGCUGCCGUCUUCGCAGCUUUUGACUGGUGAGUAUUCUCCCUGAUGUGCACCGAAGGACUCGUGAUCGACCUUGAAGAGUGUCGCUGACCCCCGGGUAGGGCCCUCUUCGCUGCUACAACAGCCAUGGCUGCCAUGCACGUUAUGCGCUCGCGCGGUCGAAGGACCAACGCAAAGGCGGACCCUAACUUCAAUUUCCAAGAGGGAGUCUAG